AUGAUCGAUGAUCAAGACUUGGGGUUUAUUGUCAAUUUUCUUGGCAUCUUCAUCUUCGCAUUGGUAAUAGCUUAUCACUACGUUGCUGCUGAUCCCAAGUUUGAAGCGACCUGAGUGAUGGAAACUUUAGAAUGGAUUGAUGAUGUAAGGCUUUUUAUUAGUUUAUAGUAUUAUUAUUACCUGCUUCAAACUGAAAAGAGAUAAUAACAGUCUUGUUGAGGAGAUGAAUAUGUUGUUACAAUGUUCCUAAUCCAUUUCCCAUUUUUCAUUAUCCUCU